CUCCAAAGAGGUUAUAAGCGUGAACUAUGAAACGCACGCGUACAUUCUCCUCCAAUACCCAGAGCCGGCAGUGCAUUCCUUUUAAAAAAAAAACGCGGUGAUUACAGUUCAGGAACAAGGCUUUCAAGAUGGCGCGGUGGUGCACAUUGGCGCUAUGCGCGAUGGUAGCGUGUUCGACUGCGAUUGAAACAACUUCUCGCUUUAAACCGAAAAAACCUAGGAGUGCUGAUCUUCAACCUGGGCAACAAGCUGAAGCGGAUGAAAUGGUGAAUCAUCUUAUUCAGUGGAUUCAAGGACUAUAUCAGCAGAAGAAUAGGAAAGCUCGUCAAUACUUUGGAGGCAAGCCAGAGAGGCCAAGACCAUUUGAACCUCCAUCUUAUCUUCCCCCACUUGGUUACCCACCGUCAGGUAACCGGCCGACACCCUCGUAUAGUGAAGGACCUUCAUCUUCAAGUCCAUCCUAUUCGCCUAGCUCACCUUUCCUACCAAGUCAACCUUCGUAUCAGCCACCUCAAACUGAAGAACAGCCCUUCCAACCUAGUCAGCCACCGUACUCACCAAGUCAACCUUCUUAUCAACCAAGUCAACCAACUCAGCCUUCUUAUCAACCUAGCCAACCUUCUCAACCUCCUUAUCAACCCAGCCAACCAUCACAACCUCCUUAUCAAUCCAGCCAACCAUCUCAACCUUCUUAUCAGCCCAGUCAGCCGUCACAACCAUCCUAUCAACCAAGUCAACCAACGCAACCUUCAUACGAACCAAGUCAACCUUCACAGCCAAGUUACCAGCCAAGUCAACCUGAUUACCAGCCUAGUCGACCAUCACAGCCUAAUUAUGAACCUAGUCAACCAACUUCUCCGAGUUACAAUCCCAGUCAGCCUGAUACAGAUGAGCCAAGCCAACCAGAAAAUCCAGAAAAUGGAGAUAACGAAAAUAGACCUCCACAGAAUAUAUUGCCAGUACCAGUUCCAGAUGAUGAUGAUCGACACCCUCCGCAUAUUCAUGAUAUAACUGUAGAUUGUGGCAAACAAAUGAUGACUAUAAACAUUGAGUUUAAUAAAGCUUACAACGGUAUUAUCUACUCACAAGACCAUUUCAAGGACUCUGAUUGUGUUUAUGUUAAAGAAAAUUCGAACCAAAUUAAAUAUUCUUUUACUGUUAGUCUUAAUAAAUGCGGAACAAGAUUUUUCAGCGAUUUUGAAAAUGAAGGUCAAGCUUAUUUGGAAAAUGUUCUGGUGCUUCAAAACGAACCAGGUAUCCAAGAAGUAUGGGAUCACAUUCGUAGAGUCAGAUGUCUCUGGGAAGGAAAUCUAACUAAACAGUUAGUUUCAUCUUUAAGUGUCGGAAUGUUGAAUCAAAUCACUAGUAACUUCAGUGGAGAUACUGCGAUGGCAAGACUAGAUAUUCAAACUGGUAAAGGACCUUUUGCACCCGAAGCAAAUGGCUUAGUGAAGAUCGGAGAAAUUAUGACACUCGUUGUAUCUGUAACUGGUGAUGCAGGUUUUGACAUUUUAGUAAGAGAGUGUGUAGCUAGAGAUUCUGGAAAUAAUCAUCUUGUUCCAUUGACUGAUGCUAAUGGAUGCGUGCUAAAACCAAAACUUUUUGGGGCUUUCCAAAAGACACGGGAAACUGGAAACACAGGUGCUUCCGUCAUUGCAUUUGCGUUCUUUAAUGCAUUCAAAUUUCCAGAUGAAAUGGAUUUGAUCAUUCAAUGUGAUGUUGAACUAUGCAAAACUGAUUGUGAAGUCUGCCCUAAUCCUGGUAGUACUGAGCCAAGAAGAAAAAGGCGCGACAUAAUUCAUUUUGGAAAUAAAACAUACGAGCCCGUGACUACCGUCGAAAAGGGUCUCAGAGUAGUCUUUGCUGAAGACUUGCCUGAGGACACUGGAAUUUGCAUUUCAACGAGCUCGGCUCUAUGGGGAGGAUUGUUAGUAAUUGCUGGAUCUUUAAUAAGUAGUUUAGCUGUGUCUUUCUGUUGGCACAGAUCACGAGGAUCCGUGAAGUUUUUGUAAAACAAUUGCCUAAAUAGCUCUUCUCAGCGUACUUCUUGUACCUUGUGCCUUUUCUUAAAUAUAACAGUUAUCUCUUAGAUAAUAAUUUAAAAAACUAAAGUAAAUUGUUUUUUAAAUAUAUUUUUGUAGAUAUCGUUAUUGAAAAAUAAAUUAGUAUAUAUAGUUUGGUCUUGAAUGACUGACAGAUAACGUACAACAAAAAUGUUAUUGAAUGUAAAAAUCUUUUUUUUAUUUGUAUAGUUUGUAGAUAUUAAAUUAUAUUUAACACUGCCAAGUAUUAAGUUUAGAAAAGUAAUGUUAACAAUAUUUUAAUUAAAUAAUUAAGCUUACAAACUAGCAAUACUAAAGUGAGCAAUGAGUAUAUUAAUUUAUAUUUUAUUUGAACAUAAAAUAUUAGAUAUUAUGUAUUUAUGCAAAAUUGGAUUAGAUACAUUAGGAUAUUAUUCAAGACUAGGUAUUAAAUCUAAGAAUCUUACUUUAGAAGAACUAAGAUAUUAUUUACGUAAUGUUUACAAAUGGUGAAUUAUGUUUUUAUUUGUGCAAGUUUUGUAAAUAUUAUCAUUUAAGUUUCACAAAUAAAUUUCUAAAAAGUUAA